AUGUUAGUGAAUGAGUCUGUGUCUGUGUGUGCAGGACCCUGCGAUUGUGUGGUGUUCGGAGAGCAAGGUCGAUUGUGGCGGGUAUGUGGGCUUGGCCAGUUCAUUUUUACUUGUAUCACACCUGAUGGCUGCCCGUCGCCUUUUUUCACUGGUGACAUACGUGACCUUGUGUGUCCUCUGUUUUUUUCUCUCCUUUUGCUCUCUCUCUCUCUGUCUUUGUCCCAACCGUUCCUCUGUGUGGCUCCUUGCACCUUGUGGUCGCAUCAGCUCGGCGAUCGCAUCAGAGCCGCUGAUCCGACGAACUGGAAGGUUCGCGGUUUGGAUGAGCGAAUGCGUGAAGUUCGUGCAACCCGAACAGCAGGUGAUUGA